AACGUAUCGGAAAUACGUAGCCGUGUGACGGCGCCACAAGAGCGUCGCGACGCACCUCGACGCGACGCAAGCUAUGGUCGUCAGGCGGCGCCGGUCGUUCGUCACGAAACGAGGCGGGGUUGCAGAAGGGAAGUUCGCAUGAAAGAAAGAGAAGGAAAGACUCAGCGAAUUCACGCAACGUGAACUUGAGGAAAAGAGAAAGAGCCGAGGAGAAUCACGAACGAACGUACGGCGAAACUAGCGCCCCGGUUUUACACUCUCUUCGUUACUUUCCUGCCUAUCCUAUCGUGAGACAAGCACAGUUCGCUUAGUUAAAUGCCAAAUCGUGACACCAUAUCACCCUGAUCCUUUUCAGAGAUUCCCUCCCAUUUAUCGUUCGUCUUUUUUUACAUUUUCUAUCUUACUGUCCAUUCUUGCCUCACGCCAACAACGUCGUUCUCUCGCUGAUCACUUACAAAAAUAUACGAAAACCUGAACCUGUUACUCCGUAGCUUUCUGUAGUGAUUUCGCAGUGCACAUCCGAAAGAAAUAGAGAUAGGAGAGAGGUCGAAGCAGAAGACAACGAAGAAUACUUGUGCGUGAAACGAUACGAAUGCAUGUGUGCAUCAUGCGUGCUUUUCUUACAUGUGUAUGUAUUACAUCGGUACGAGGUACGAUAGUGUCUCGUCGUAGGUCUCUUUCGAUCCUACCAGUGACUAAUUGAGCGUGCACAUUCAGCGACUUUAUGGCUGGACAAUGCAUCGACCAGGAUAACGCCGGAGCAAGGAGACAACAAGAAAUCCUUCGAGUUCUGUGAACAUCGUCUGCCUUCAUACUUGUUCCUUUCGUCCAUCUCAUGGCACAAAUUUUGUCGUAUGAGAAAUCAGUUACAAGGAAUUCAAGCGAAGAAACGACAGAAAGUACAACGAGAAACAAGAUCGUUGAUACCGGCCGAUAAUGAUGCGAUAACUGGAGAGGGUGAAAUCGCGCAGAAGGCAAAUGGAUCGAACGAUAGACGAUACAAAAAUCCACCGAAUAAUGUGCAAUACUUUAUGGCCAUCUCUACAUGCAAAAUUUAAAAGAUCGCUCACACUGCGUAAACAAAUUAUUCGAUAAAGCAUGAAAACUUCCUAUAAAGAUUUACAGUGACGAGAUUGUAUAAUGAUUUUAAACGUAUAACAAAACAACAUCAAUUUGUAAAAAAGAAAACAGAUCGCAUGUUUUUCGAUCGUUCGUGUUGGAUUAAUAACAGAAAUCAUUAUGGACGAAAUAAAGGUGGCGAACUUGGGUCAAGCGGCUUCGGCCGCGUGCUCGAUGGCAACGAAUUUUUUGGCGCCAGUGAAAACCGAACGGCAGAUCUACGAGAAUUCGAUGCUCGAGGACGAUCCCAAUGCCAACUCGGUGGUACCGACUUCGCAAGAGGACAGGACUGUACCGAGAUGGGGUCCUAAUCACAAAGGCGCCCAAGAAUUAGCAAAUCUUUACAGCACUGGAAAAAGGACGCAGGAGUGUAUUUGUGUUGGUAUCUGCAUUACACUUAUGGUGGUUAAUUCAAUAUUUAUCCUCGUUAGGUUACGAUUUGAAAACUUGAGCCCUAUAGCGGUAGCGGCGUUUUGUGGCAUCGUAACAGCAGAUUUCGGAUCUGGUUUUGUCCACUGGGCUGCCGAUACAUGGGGUUCUGUAGAACUUCCUAUUUUAGGAAAGAAUUUUUUGAGGCCUUUUCGAGAGCAUCACAUUGAUCCCACAAGUAUAACGAGGCAUGACUUUAUAGAAACUAACGGUGAUAAUUUUAUGGUCACAAUACCAUUCCUUUGUAAGUUAACAUGGGAUUUUUUAACACUCCCAGAAUCAGAGAUUCAGCAAAAGUUUGUGUGCACCUGUUAUUGGUUUCUACUUGCAAUUUUCGUAGCAAUGACUAAUCAGAUACAUAAAUGGUCUCAUACAUAUUUUGGACUACCUGCUUGGGUUGUGUGGUUACAAGAACACAGAAUUAUAUUACCCAGGAAACAUCACCGUGUACACCAUGUCGCACCACAUGAAACUUAUUUCUGCAUUACGACAGGAUGGUUAAAUUGGCCUCUAGAAAAACUUCAUUUUUGGUACAUAUUAGAAGUCAUAAUUGAAAAGUCCACUGGUUUCAGACCAAGAGCGGAUGAUUUGAAGUGGGCCCAGAAACGAUCUUGAGAAUUAAUGUGGUUCAUUGUUUUAUGCAUUUUUAUGGACAAAAAACAAAUGUAGCAGGAGGUGAAACUUUCUAUGGAUCUAUAAUUUCGUGGAAAGAUAUAGAAAGGAGUUUCGAACAUUGGAAGGAAAAUUAAACUAAUGAAUAUAACUUUUUUCUUACACUUAGCACUACGAGGCCUUUCCUACAAAAUAGAUAGCGUGAUUAAAGACAUUUAGUAUUACUUGAACAUGCUUUUGAAGUUUACACAUUUAUAAUACGUAUGUGCAAUAAUAUAGAUGUAUAUAUUCUAUAAGAAAAAUGUGAGUACGAAAUCAUAUUUGCAUAACUAUAAACAAUUGGCCUGAGAAACUAAGCAAUUAUACGUUUAUGCACUGCACAAUCAUUAUACAAAUAGCACAAACUUCGACAAAAUUUAAUUUAAUGUUUUACAUCGUAAUUUUAAAAACAAACGAAGUAUUGCAAAGUUGAGAUUAAAAUAUUGCACACAUUAUACAACAUAAGUGGCUAUGAUAUGAAAUCGAGUGUUAAAAACAAAUAUUGAAACAUAUAUGUGUAUAUAUAUAUACAUAUAUGAAAAUAUGUGUAUGUAUAUGUAUGUAUAUAUAUGAAUGAAGUAAUAUUUACAUAUAACAUAUUUAUGAAGUAAUCUAAAAUUUGUUGCUUACAUUUGUUUACAAGCAAUGUAAACAGUGUAAUUUUGAAAAGAAUUUAUAAUUCAAAUUAAUGUGCUAAUUCACACAAAUCUAGUCUGCUGUAACUGCUUGAGCACAGUCAUAAAUUUCCCUGAACCUCUGAAAAAUAUUGAGCCACUGAAAUUGAGAAUAAAAAAUAUUAAUUGAUUUGUAAUAGCGAUAUUUUAUCCGAUAUGAAUAUUGUCAAUUUAAAUAGUACCUACUUAUACACGCAUAUUGUAAAAUCAAGUACUUCUCCUUUUUUAAUUAAAAAAGACCACGAUUGAUAUACAAUUUAUACUUUACAUGUUUUAACACAACUUGCUACCGAUAUUUAGAAUUUUUAAAAUCGGCUAUCUGGUUUUCAAUUCUGGUUGGAUAAUGUUGUCACAAUUUGAGCUAAGAUCCUUAUAAUGGUGUUCAGUGUAGAAUUUAUAAUAAAAAAAUUUUGAGCUUUAUAUACAAAAAUAAAAAUUUUACAACGCUUAAAAAUAUUAUUAUAACUUCGUUCGAUAUAAACAAAUGAAUGCCGCUUUUGUUUUUUGCAUUAACUACAUUCUUAAUUUGUGACACUCUAACAAACAUAAAAAUAAGGUGCUAAGCAUAAGUACAAGUUCUAGGUUCAGGGACCAAUCAAGGACCUAUUAUUGCUCUAUGCAGCAGUCUUCUAAGUAAUUGGUUUGGUUUGGGUAAAGUAUACUGACGAACAAAUAAUAAUGGGAAGGUGGCUGAAUAUUUAUAUAUAAUAAUAAUUAAUAAUAAAUCCUAUGCUGCUGGUGACUUUAAUUUUUACACCUACUGUAUUUUUUAUUGGCAAUCACUUUGAACGCCUUGUGACUUUCAGUAUACUUUAUGCAGAGCUCUUUACCAUGAUAUAUAUGUUCCUUGCAAGCAAAUCAUUAGUAAUGUCUUUGAAAGGAAACAAUAAUUAUAAGACAUUGCAAUUAUAAUAAGUACUGUAAUUGUUAUUGUUGUUGUUAUUGUUAUAAAGAAAGGAGUAUAAACUUUAAAGAAAAUUGUCAUAUUAUAAUGCGUGCCAGAA